UAAUCACAUCAAUGAGAACAAUCCUCAAUGAACACGCAACGAUCACGAAACAUCGAUACGUUUUCGCUACGAACGACUACUAUCCCGAUACCGCCGACGAGGGCUUUUCUCCCGGUGAGGUAAGCCUAAGUAUAUGUCCUGCCGAAGCCUACCUUACUGCCGCACUAGGAAAAAAAUCACUUCUUGUAGAACAAAUCGACCUCGCACUACACUACCGACGAUUAACUCAGCGAAAUGAAUUCAACCUGAUACUGCUGCUACCGACGAUUCAGAUGCACACACCGAUACGCCAAUCCUCGCCGCCAAACUACGUUGUCAACACUGAUAGUCCCGAACGACCCAUUCAUCAUAAGGUUCAGGUGAGCGAAAACCACGAUCAAAACAACAACACGGUGCGUUCGAUGGGCUCGUUGACGACAUCCAUCGUGCUAUCAUCUUGCUUCGCUGACAUUCGCAUCCCAAUACUGUCACCACAAAUAUCAGAGACAGGGAACGAAUUCAAGAUUGAUAAAAGGUGGGACUCCAUUCGAUAUUAAGGUGAUGCAUAGUUUUAGCUAUAAAAUUGGAACGAUUAACAUCUGCAAUAUCUCUAACCAAACGAAAAUUGAUGCGCUUUUGCCAUUCAUCCGUGCGUCGGAGUUAGAUGUAAUUUUCCUACAAGAAGUGCAGAAUGAGCAUUUAAGGUUACCAGGUUUCUCGAUAAUUUUCAAUGUAGAUGCCGAUCAACGCGGUACGGCCAUAGCGGUUAGGGAUCAGUACAAUGUUCAUAAUGUUGAAAAAAGUCUAGACAACCGAAUAAUAUCGUUGAGGAUUGGGACAGUCUCGUUUAUAAACAUUUAUGCUCCCUCUGGUGCUCUUCAUAGAACAGCAAGAGAAGAUUUUUUCAAUUCCUCUGUUGCACACUACCUCCAUCAUACUACGGAGCAUGUGGUGCUUGGCGGCGACUUCAAUGCAGUUGUCAACGCAAAAGAUGCUACUGGCAGUAGCAGUAUAAGUCCGAUGUGCAAACGGCUAAUGAAUGCAGCAAAAUUGGUAGAUACAUGGGAAGCGCUCCAUGGAAACGAUGUUGAGUUCUCGUACAUAAGAUCUAAUACAGCGUCACGUAUAGAUCGUAUACUAGUCGUAAACACGAUGAAGCCCCAACUUCGUGUGGCACAUUUUGCUGUCACUUCAUUUUCGGACCACAAAGCAUACGUUGUGAGAAUGGUACAACCGCAUCUUGGAACUCCUUGCGGACGAGGAAUUUGGCGUCUACAAGCACAUACCAGAUAACUCGGAAGUCAUUGACGAGCUUUCUCGAAAGUGGGCAUACUGGGUGUGUGCGUGAAAUAACUAUAGGUCAUGGAUAGAAUGGUGGAUUUUGUAUGCAAAGCCCAAGGUGAUUUCGUUUUUGAAAUGGAAAACCUCCAUAUUGCACAGAGAAUUCAGAGAUGCUAUAGAACUCUACCGACGCUUGCUGAAGGAUGCAUACGAUAAGCUGCACGGUAAUCCAAGUGAACUAGUAGCAAUCAACCGUAUUAAAGCACAAAUGCUGCGAUUACAAAGAAAUUUUUCGUCGAAUUUUCGAAAAAAUAAUGAAACCUAUGUGUCUGGAGAAUCUACUACUUUGUUCCACGUUGCUCAAAAUCAUUGGAAGCGGUUCA